CAAGGGAGUGUCGGAAUUUCCGGUGACGUCACCGCGUCUCAAUAUCCAUAAUGGGUCUGCAGCUGUCUGGAGAGCAACAAUAACAAGAGAAGCUCAGCGAUAAAACUAGUUAUUGUCUCGUCUCUGACACCUUUGCUAGCCCCAACUUUACAUCAUUCUGUCACCAACACCCUCGGUGAAUUAACUCUGGCCUCCGCUUCCUCCGACUCGGAAACCGGCGGAGCGUCGCCGCCACCGCGAAAGAAAUACCGAGCUUCGGUGGCGGAGGGAGCAGGGGGGCUUGGGGCUGCAAUUGGGUCAGCGGCCCUGUCUACAGUUGUGGGGAUUUGAACUUUUCCCAAUUCACCCGUUGCUCCUAUCAUUCGAUUCAAUCCGAACAGUAUAGCCCACAUCAACAUUAAUAACAUGCAGGCCAACGGGGCAGGGCAGGGUCAAGAUUCGGAGCUGUCCUGCCUAAACAACAGUGAGCGAAACGGAGAGUCGUCCUCCGCCGGGGAAGCUCACACUAACGUUAAUGGACUAUCCACAACAAACAAUGGGAACUCUGUCAGUAACAACGACGGUAUCCCAGCCCCAGCAGCAUCCAACAACACCGUGUCUUCGGAUGCAAACUCCGUGAAAAAGAAGAAACGUCUUUCUCAGUCAGAGGAAGAUGUCAUUAGACUUAUAGGGCAACAUUUACACGAUUUAGGACUUAAUCAGACAGUGGACCUGUUGAUGCAGGAGUCUGGCUGCAGACUGGAGCAUCCCUCUGCCACGAAGUUCCGCAACCAUGUGGUGGAAGGAGAGUGGGACAAGGCUGAAAGUGACCUGAAUGAGCUAAAAGCAUUGAUGCAUUCUCCAAGUGCUAUUGUGCGGAUGAAGUUCCUGCUCCUGCAGCAGAAGUACCUGGAGUGUCUGGAGGAUGCCAAGGUCCUGGAGGCGCUGCAGGUCCUGAGAGCUGAGCUCACUCCCCUCAAAUACAACACAGAGCGCAUCCACAUCCUGAGCGGGUACCUGAUGUGCAGCCAUGCAGAGGACCUGAGAGCAAAGGCAGAGUGGGAGGGCAAAGGCACUGCCUCCCGCACUAAACUCCUGGACAAGUUACAGACGUACCUGCCUCCCUCUGUGAUGCUGCCUCCGCGCCGGCUGCAGACCCUGCUGAGGCAGGCUGUGGAGCUGCAGAGAGAGCGUUGCCUCUACCACAACACCAAACUGGACAGUGGCCUGGACUCUGUGUCCCUCCUCCUGGACCACGCCUGCAGCCGGAAACAGUUCCCUUGCUACACCCAGCAGAUCCUCACCGAACACUGCAAUGAAGUGUGGUUCUGCAAGUUCUCCAAUGACGGCACCAAACUGGCCACGGGAUCCAAAGACACCACAGUCAUCGUGUGGCAUGUCAACACAGAGAGUCACCAGUUGAAGCUGAUGAAGACUCUAGAGGGCCACGCCUACGGUGUCUCAUACCUGGCCUGGAGCCCUGAUGACACUUACUUGAUUGCCUGUGGCCCCGAUGACUGCUCAGAGCUGUGGCUGUGGAACGUACAGACGGGUGAGUUGCGGACAAAAAUGAGCCAAUCACACGAGGACAGUCUGACCAGUGUGGCUUGGAAUCCAGACGGCAAACGCUUUGUCACUGGAGGCCAGAGGGGCCAAUUCUACCAGUGUGAUCUGGAUGGUAACCUGCUGGACUCGUGGGAAGGAGUAAGGGUUCAAUGCCUGUGGUGCCUGGGUGACGCUCGGACCGUCCUAGCAUCAGACACACACCAGCGUAUCCGUGGUUACAACUUUGAGGACCUUACGGACAGAAACAUAGUCCAGGAGGACCAUCCAAUCAUGUCUUUCACAGUUUCAAAGAACGGGAGGUUAGCUCUGCUGAAUGUGGCUACUCAGGGUGUGCACCUGUGGGACCUACAUGACCGGGUGCUGGUGAGGAAGUAUCAGGGUGUGACACAGGGCUUCUACACCAUCCACUCCUGUUUUGGAGGACACAACGAAGACUUCAUCGCCAGUGGGAGUGAGGAUCACAAAGUGUACAUCUGGCACAGGCGCAGUGAGCUGCCCAUCGCAGAGUUGACAGGUCAUUCACGUACAGUGAACUGUGUGAGCUGGAAUCCUGUAGUGCCCGGUCUCCUGGCCAGCGCCUCAGACGACGGCACUGUCCGAAUCUGGGGGCCCGCCCCUUUCCUUGAUGUCCAGGACGCUGAGGGGCUAAACGAAUGUUGUAGCAUGGACAGCUGAUGGUGACCCUGGAGCAGAAGACACUACUUCUCGAAUCCAGGAGAAAAACACUAAACUCUAACGAAUGAAGCAGAGAAACUAUUGCGUUUUGACAGCUGCUUUCUGAAGGUUUUGCUCUGGGGCUGUGCUCCAGUGGCAGGUGAUAACGUCACACACACGGAGAUGUCAGACAAAUCACUUAAAUUAACUGAUUACCAAGCAGGCACCUUGACUGACCUCCCACCUCUUCUUACCUGUGUGGCUCACAGUGUCUGAUAUGUCUGUUGCACCUCCUGUGUUCAGCCAGGCUCCAUCCUCUUUCGUCUUGGAGCUAACCCCAGGUCUGCCACCUUUCACCUGCCUCGUCGAGAGUUUAUUAUUUAUUAUUGAUAGUAUUAUUUAUUGUCAUGAUUAGUACGUUGAUAUAUAGAGAGAGGGCUGUAGUGGUGGAGAGUGGUAUGGGUAUAUACAGUGCCGUGAAAAAGUAUUUGCCCCUUUUUAAUUCUCUACUUUUGCAUAUUUUUGAUACUAAAUGUUAUCAGAUCUUCAACCAAAACCGAAUAUUAGAUAAAGGGAACCUGAGUGAACAAAUAACACAACAAUGACAUACUUAUUUCAUAAACAAAGUUAUGCAACACCCAAUUCCCCUGUGUGAAAAAGUAAUUGCACCCUUACACUCAGUAACUGGUUGUGCCAUCUUUAGCUACAAUGACUCGAACCAAACGCUUCCUGUAGUUGUUGAUCAGUCUGUGGAGGAAUUUUGGCCCACUCUUCCAUGCAGAACUGCUUUAACUCAGCGACAUUGUAGGUUUUCCAGCAUGAACUGCAUGUUUCAAGUCCUGCCACAACAUCUCAAUUGGGAUUAGGUCUGGACUUUGACUAGGCCAUUCCAAAACAUCAAAUUUGUUGCUUUUUAGCCAUUUUCAGGUAGACUUGAUUGUGUGUUUUGGAUCAUGUCUCGCUGCAUGACCCAGCUGCACUUCAGCUUCAGCUCACGGACGGAUAGCCUGACAUUCUCCUGUAGAAUUCUCUGAUACAGAGCAGAAUUCAUGGUUUGUUCUAUUAAGGCAAGUCACCCAGGUCCUGAGGCAGCAAAGCAUCCUCAAACUAUCACACUACCACCAUCAUACUUUUUAUUUUGGAAUGCAGUGUUUGGUUUUUGCCAGGCGUAAUGGUACACAUGUCAUUAUAAAAGUUAUACUUUUGAAUCAUCUGUCCAUAGAACAUUCUUCCAAGAGUCUUAAUGGAAGUAGUGGGAUGUUUUGGGGAUGCUUUGCUGCCUUAGGAGCUGGACGGCUUGCCUUAAUAGAAGGAACCAUGAAUUCUGCUCUGUAUCAGAGAAUUCUACAGGAGAAUAUCAGGCCAUCAGUCUGUGAGCUGAGGGGUGGUGACCUGUCAACUCUGCGAUGGGCUGGGUCAUGCAGCAAGACAAUGAUCCAAAACACCCAAUCAAGUCUACAUGAAAAUGGUUAAAAAGUAACAAAUGUUGUGUUUUGGAAUGGAUUAGUCAAAGUCCAGACCUAAUCCCAAUUGAGAUGUUGUGGCAGGACUUGACAAAAGCAGUUCAUGCUUGAAAAUCCCAAAAUAUUGCUAAAGCAUAUCGUUAAAGCAUUUCUGCAUGCAAGAGUGGGUGAAAUGUCCUCCACAGCGAUGUGAGACACUGAUCAACAACUAGAGGAAGCAUUUGGUUGCAGUCAUUGCAGCUAAAGUUGGCACAACCAGUUAUGGAGUGUAAGGGGGUAAUUAGUUUUUCACACAGGGUAAUUGGGUGUUGCAUAACUUUGUUAAUACAUUUUUUUUAUAAAUUCGGGUUCCCUUUAUCUAAUACUGGGUUUUGAUUGAAGAUCUGAUAACAUUCAGUAUCAAAAAUAUGCCAAAAUCAGGAAGGGGGCAAAUACUUUUCACGGCACUGUAUGUCUAUGUUGUUCUUUCAACAGGAAAGUAAUUUUUAUUGGUUUAUUUAUUGCCUCUAAUAAACCUCUCAACGUAUAUGAGAUUGGGGUUUUUACACGCUGAAAAUAAUGACAUAUUUUAUUUCACCUCAAACUUUUAGCUAUUUUUAAAUGACAGGACUUACAGGCAUUUUAACUGAAUCGGAUGGAUAUAAAAUCCACAAAUCUAAGUGAAUCUUGGAGAUGCUUGUAUGGUUAUGAUGAUUACGUUUGUUUAGUGUUUUUUAACACAGUUAAAUACCCUUUUAACUUGGAUGUAGCUUUGUUUCCCCAAAGGAUGGGAUGGUGAGAUUGAUGUGCAUGUUGCUUAGGCCUCACUGCUGCCAGAAGAAACAAUUUUGACCACCUGUGGUUCAGCUAAAUAGCAUUUGAUUAUAUGGUGGCUAUGCUCUUACUCUUCAGAGUCCAUGCUAGACCUAGUGAAGCACGUGCUGAGGCUAACUUUCUAAUGGGAAUGUUUAGGAGGUUAUAAACUGAGCAAAAAAAGAAACGUCUCACUGUUAACUGUGUUUAUUUUCAGCAAACUUAACAUGUGUAAAUAUAUGUAUGAACAUAACAAGAUUCAACAACUGAGACAUAAACUGAACAAGUUCCACAGACAUGUGACUAACAGAAAUUGAAUAAUGUGUCCCUGAUCAAAGGGGGGGUCAAAAGUAGCAGUCAGUAUCUGGUGUGGCUACCAGCUGCAUUAAGUACUACAGUCCAUCUCCUCAUGGACUGCACCAGAUUUGCCAGUUCUUGCUGUGAGAUGGUACCCCACUCUUCCACCAAGGCACCUGCAAGUUCCCGGACAUUUCUGGGGAGAAUGGCCCUCACCCUCCGAUCCAACAGGUCCCAGACGUGCUCAAUGAGAUUGAGAUCCGGCCUCUUCACUGGCCAUGGCAAACACUGACAUUCCUGUCUUGCAGGAAAUCACGUAAAAAACGAGCAGUAUGGCAUUGACAUGCUGAAGGGUCAUGUCAGGAUGAGCCUGCAGGAAGGGUACCACAUGAGGGAAGAGGAUGUCUUCCCUGUAACCCACAGCGUUGAUUGCCUGCAAUGACAACAAGCUCAGUCCGAUGAUGCUGUGACACACCGCCCCAGACCAUGACGGACCCUCCACCUCCAAAUCGAUCCCACUCCAGAGUACAGGCCUCAGUGUAACGCUCAUUCCUUCGACGAUAAACGCGAGUCCGACCAUCACACCUGGUGAGACAAAACAGCGACUCGUCAGUGUAGAGCACGUUUUGCCAGUCCAGUGACGGUGGGUUUGUGCCCACAGGCGACGUUGUUGCCGGUGAUGUCUGGUGAGGACCUGCCUUACAACAGGCCUACAAGCCCUCAGUCCAGCCUCUCAGCCUAUUGCGGACAGUCUGAGCACUGAUAGAGGGAUUGUGCAUUUCUGGUGUAACUCGGGCAGUUGUUGUUGCCAUCCUGUUCCAGUCCCGCAGGUGUGAUGUUCGGAUGUACCGACCCUGUGCAGGUGUUGUUACACGUGGUCUGCCACUGCGAGGACGAUCUACUGUCCGACCUGCCUCCCUGUAGUGCUGACUUAGGCGUCUCACUGUACGGACAUUGCAAUUCAUUGCCCUGCCCACGUCUGCAGUCCUCAUGCCUCCUUGCAGCAUGCCUAAGGCACGUUCACGCAGAUAAGCUUGGGCAUCUUUCUUUUGGUGUUUUUCAGAGUCAGUGGAAAGGCCUCUUUAGUGUCCUAAGUUUUCAUAACUGUGACCUUAAUUGCCUACUGUCUUUAAGCUGUUAGUGUCUUAAUGACCGUUCCACAGGUGCAUGUUCAUUAAUUGUUUAUGGUUCAUUGAACAAGCAUGGGAAACAGUGUUUAAACCCUUUACAAUGAAGAUGUGUGAAGUUAUUUUGAUUUUUACGAAUUAUCUUUGAAAGACCGGGUCCUGAAAAAGGGACGUUUCUUUUUUUGCUGAGUUUAGUUGUGGAGUGGUUAGGUGGUGAAGGAAUUGCUUAAACUUGCUGUUUGAACUGGGUUGUAUCACCCUUAACAUCAACGGGGUUAACUGGGUUUUCCUUGACAUUGAUCUCAUUUAUGUGUCCUCCAUUUCCCUCGUCUCACUUGUUCCCUCACCUUUAUUUUUUCUCUAGCUGUGGUGAAAUUAGCAUUUAUUUGCUGCUUUGUUUUUCCUUUUCCUGAUUUAUGUAUUCAAUACAGGCUGACAUAAAAUGUCUUUGAAAAAACUUGCUUAUCUGUUUAUGGCUUUAGUUUUUUUCUAAUUUCCCCUGUACUAUCAUUGGCCUCUUCAACCAUGUAUUUUUCCACAAUUUAACAUGUAUUCAUUUGUACAUGUACAAAUUGUUCCUGUUGGACAGUCAAGCAAAAUAAGCUUUUCUGAUGUGCUAUAUAUCUGUAUGUUAAUGGGAUGUAUAAUGAGAGUAAGAACAGCGUAUAGGCUAAGCAUUUUUCUGUGACACAGAUCUCCCCUGCAUCAGGCGAGCGCCUGCCCACAGGUCAUUACAGCCACCACCAGCUUGUUCUAUUACAGAAGACCGAUAGAUAUAAAAAUAUGUAUACACACACCACACACCUCAGUACAGAUCAAACAAUCACAUGUGUUCUAGGUUCAGUUUAUGCAAGUUGUUCUUGAGACGUACCUUAUUUCCUUCUCCUUGCUGUAAACGCUUGGCGAGGUGAGAAGCCAUUAUUAAGUUUGUUAGCAGCUAGGUUCGGAAGAAUCCGUUUUGCAUUUAAGUGAUUGUACUGUUAUGUAACGUUAUGUAUGCAUAUUUUCAAUAAAGCAUUCAGGGUUUUAA